UGUACAUCCGGUUCAGAAAAUCAGCGCGGUGAAUUCGACUGCCGAGCCUUUUGACAGCACUGUGUGUUGUCGACACUGACCAGGGAACCAUAACUUUGAUAGACACAAGUUCUAAUAACUGCUGACGGCUGAAUACUUUAAGUUUUACAAGAAUGGAGGAGGACAAAAUGGAGAUGGCACAUCAUAAACCCAACAUCCAUGUGGAGGUGCUUCUCAAGUCUCACAGCACAGCCAAACUACCUGAGGUGAAGAUGCAUGUUCUUGCUCUGUUGAAUCGACACAGCAUGGUUUUUGGGAACUACAAAUGGUCAGAGUUUGAUGAAGACUUUUUGAGGAGAAAUGUAGAAUCUGUAGCCCUUGUUGAUCUGGAGGAAAUUGUAACACAGCCUCUCGACUUAAAGAGCUGCACUGUGUCAGUCCACAUCUUUACUCUGAAUGAAGAUGUACCCAGCACGCUCAGUUUGGAGGAUGAUGAGGAGCUUUCAGCAGCUAAUCACUGGUUGCUGCCAGCAGCUGAAUUCCACGGGAUUUGGGAAAGUCUGGUGUAUGAGAGCGGAGUAAAAACUCAGCUCCUGGAUUACGUCACAACAACAAUUUACUUCUCAGACAAAAAUGUCGAUAGCAACCUUAUUUCGUGGAACCGUGUUGUGCUGCUUCAUGGACCCCCAGGCACAGGGAAAACAUCGCUGUGCAAAGCUCUUGCCCAGAAGCUGUCAAUCAGACUGGCGAAUCGGUAUUCAUACGGGCAAUUCGUCGAGAUAAACAGCCACAGCUUGUUCUCAAAGUGGUUCUCAGAGAGCGGUAAGCUGGUCACAAAGAUGUUUCAAAAGAUCCAACAGCUGAUUGAUGACAAAGAUGCUCUGGUGUUUGUCCUGAUUGAUGAGGUUGAAAGUCUGACGGCAGCUAGGAAUGCCUGCCAGGCAGGAACAGAGCCCUCUGACGCCAUCCGAGUGGUCAACUCUGUCCUCACACAGCUUGAUCAGAUCAAACGACAUUCCAACGUUGUGAUCCUGACGACCUCCAACGUCACAGAAAAGAUCGACUUGGCGUUUGUGGACAGAGCUGACAUUAAGCAGUACAUUGGACCUCCAUCAGAGAAGGGAAUCUACAAUAUCUACCUCUCCUGCCUGGAGGAGCUCAUGAAGUGUCAGAUCAUCUACCCCCGGCAGCAGCUGUUCACCAUGUUUGAGCUGGAAACGAUGGGAUUUGCAAAGAGUGAGGUGUCUGAACACAGUCUGAACCUGAGAAACAUCGCUCUUAAAAGCAAAGGUUUGAGUGGAAGAGCGCUCAGGAAGUUACCGUUUCUUGCUCAUGCACUUUUUGUAAAGACACCAACGGUGACUCUUGAGGAAUUUUUGGAGGCAAUGUACCGAACAGUGGACAAACAGAAAGAAGAAAAAGCCAACCUGGUCAACGGAGUGUGAACACACAAAGGCCAAAAGGCUGACACAUGAUUGUUCUUCAUUCUCAGUCCCAUACCUUAGUUGUUGUAACUAUUUUGUCUUAUUUUUUACAUAAAGCUUUAUUAACUUGUUUGGCAGCACUAUGUUGGGUAAUUUGGCGUGUGACGUUAUUUUAGCAAUUGCUAACUGUAACAAAAAUCUUCAUUCAGGUUGUCUUGUUGGUGCUUCAUCUUUAAGACCAAAUCCAUGUUUAUCUAAAGUGUUUACUUUAUUUUCACAGUGAUAUAAUAUUUAAAAUCUCAUGUUUCCUAUUGUUCCAGUUAUAAUAUCGAUAUGGAGCUUUCUCUCUGUAAACACGGGCUCAUUCUGUUGACUCUUGAUAUCUUUGCUUUUCAGACAGAGAUGAAGAGUAGUCCACGUGAAUGAUGCAGCUUGUUGGGUUGUGUGUUGUGUUGUCAUUAUGAGCAAAUACCUACUUUCUUACAAAAAAAUUUCUAACUCUCUGCAUUCAUACCAUCUGUACACGGAGCUGAUGUUCAUAUUCAAUAUGAAACUAUAUUUAAAAUGUGAAAUGUCCUUUUAAAAGUGUUUUCUUUCUGUUGUUCUUGAGUUCUGUCCAAAAAGGGAUUACCCGUGUUGAUCAUCUAUUCAGAUAUUAUUUAUGUAUGCUAACAUCAACUCCUUUCUAACUCUGUUUCAUAAUUUUGUGUACAACAUUGUAAUAAAUAACCCUGUUUACA